AUGAAGGAAUGAAUAGUUAUAAUUGCAUGGUUUUCUGAUUACAUCAUCUCCCCCAAACCAUUUCCAAACUCCAAUAGCCAUCUAGAUUAUUAUAUACCAAGAGAAUGCAAUUGCAGCAAUUCUUUUCGAAAACAACGCAUGAUGGCGCUGCAGGCUAAGACGUCAAAAAAAAAAAAAAAAAAAAAGCCCAGUAAAUGCUACGAACUCUACCUCCGAUCUCCAGCGGAAGAGAAAAACCUGUAAGCAAAGCUCAGCAUCAAAAACUCCAGGGAAUGCUGCUCGCCGACAUUUCUGGACAGGUUACCCACUGGGAGAUUCACCAGUGUCUCAGUCCCAUUGCUACCCAAGAUAGAGCUGGCCCCUGUUCCUGGAAAGGCGUUUGUGGGAGUAAAGAUGGAGGCCGGAGGGGAGCGCUUUCCUAAACAAAGGCAAGUCCUGAUUCUCUUUCUCUUGCUGGGAGUGGCUCUUGCAGGCUGGGAAUCCCGUCGCUAUUUCGUGAUGGAGGAAACUGAGAGCGGCUCCUUUGUGGCCAAUCUUGCUAAGGACCUGGGGCUGGGAGUGGAGGAGCUAGCUGCGCGAGAAGCCCGGGUGGUCUCCGAGGACAACGAACCCUGGUUGCAGCUUGAUCUACAGACUGGGGAGUUGAUAUUAAGUGAGAAACUGGACCGGGAGGAGAUGUGCGGACCCACAGAUCCAUGUGUAAUGCAUUUCCAAGUGUUACUGAAAAAACCACUGGGAGUAUUUCGAGGUGAGCUACUGGUGAGAGACAUAAACGAUCAUUCUCCUGAGUUUCCUGAAAGAGAAAUGACGCUGAAAAUCCUAGAGACUAGCCCUCCUGGGACCGUGUUUCCUCUGAAAACAGCCCAGGAUUGGGACGUGGGCAAAAACAACAUCCAAAACUACAAUAUCAGUCACAACUCUUACUUCCAUGUUUCCACCCGCAACUGGGGGGACGGCAGGAAAUACCCAGAGCUGGUGCUGGACAAAGAGCUGGAUCGCGAAGAGCAGGCCGAGCUCAGAUUAACCCUCACAGCGCUGGAUGGCGGCUCUCCGCCCAGGUCUGGCACCGCCCAGGUCCGAAUCUUGGUCUUGGACGUUAAUGACAACGCCCCUGAGUUUGCACAGACGCACUACCAGGUGCAGGUCCCAGAGAACAGUCCUGUAGGCACCCUAGUUGUCAAGGUCUCCGCUAGGGAUUUGGACACUGGAACAAACGGAGAGAUAUCAUAUUCCCUUUUUUAUAGUUCUCAAGAGAUAAGCACAACUUUUGAGCUAAGCAGCAUUUCAGGAGAAGUUCGACUACUUAAAAAACUAGAUUUUGAGACAAUAUCCUCAUAUGAGCUGUAUAUAGAUGCGUCUGAUGGUGGGGGACUUUCUGGAAAAUGCUCUGUCUCCAUUGAGGUGAUGGAUGUUAAUGAUAACUCCCCAGAACUAACUAUUUCAUCACUUACCAGCCCCAUUCCUGAAAAUUCCCCCGAGACAGAAGUGGCCCUGUUUAGGAUUCGAGACCGAGACUCAGGGGACAACGGAAGGAUGACUUGCUCCAUCCAGGAUGAUCUCCCCUUCCUCCUGAAACCAUCUGCGGAGAAUUUCUACACCCUAGUAACAAAUGGGGCGCUGGACAGAGAGAGUAAAGCCCAAUAUAAUAUCACUAUCACCGUCACAGAUAUGGGGACACCGAGACUGAAAACCGAGCACAACAUAACCGUGCUGGUGUCCGACGUCAACGACAACUCCCCCGCCUUCACCCAGACCUCCUACACCCUGUCCGUCCGCGAGAACAACAGCCCCGCCCUGCACAUCGGCAGCGUCCGCGCCACAGACAGAGACGAGGGCGCCAACGCCCAGGUCACCUACUCGCUGCUGCCGCCCCUCGACGCGCACGUGCCCCUGGCCUCCCUGGUGUCCAUCAACCCGGACAACGGCCACCUGUUCGCGGCCUCGGUGGGUCGCUGCUCGGUGCCCGAGGGCCCCUUUCCGGGCCACCUGGUGGAUGUCAGCGGCACGGGGACCCUGUCCCAGAGCUACCAGUAUAGUGUCUGGGGGAGGUACUGGGCCAGCGAGUUCAAGUUCCUGAAGCCGAUUAUCACCAAUCUCACAUCCCAGAGCAUAGGCAGGAAAAGUGGAAGAAUAUCCCUCAUAUCAGAAUGA